GAAGCAUAAUCAUGGGAUAAAAACGUUCAUUGUAAAGCUUGUCCCUCGGUCAUCCCAGGACUCUCGUUCUCUCUCCCACCGAUGCGUCGAGGCGUGCCAGUGUGUUCAUGUGAUGCAGGAAGGAUGUGUCCUAAAAGAGUUUGCUUCGAGCCAAACUGCAUCACUUCUGAGUCUGACCACCGCUCAGCACUCAUCUUCGGAUAUUCCCCCUUUCGCUUUGCAGUUACAUCGGGUGAAAGGGAAGAAACCGAAGAGAACGAGAGAAGGAUUGUGAAAUGGGAGCUACAGCAUCAUCCGCGCAGCGGGACAGCAGAUGUGAGGAGGACGCAGCGGCGGAGGAGCUCACUGCAGCGGCGAGCGAUGCUCAGGAUGACGGCGCUGCUGAUGACAAGUUAUUACAGAAAAACGGGCAGAUCUCCAGUUUGAAUGUAAAGACAAGGAACCAUGCAGAUGAAUUAAAUGGCAACUUUGAGGAGAGAGUACUUGCAGAUGUUGGCUCAGGGUUUGUUGCUCUGAAAGAAGAUGGUACAGAAACAACUGAAGACCUCCAGGAAAUGGAUGCUCUUCAACCAGUCACAAAAAACGAGAGCACAGAGAUGGUUAAUGCAGAUAGUGCGACUGUGAAGGAGGAAACUGUGGAGGACAACCAAGUGAAUGAUAUCAAUGAAGUUGGCUUCAAAAAAAUCUUCAGAUUUGUUGGAUUUAAGUUUACCCUAAAAAAAGACACAUGUGAAAAGACUGAAUCAGAUGAACAAGAAGAAAAAGUCGCAAGUCCCUCAGAGGACUCCAGUGACACCCAGGAGAACAGUGCAGUGGCAGCAAAUGAAAACACACCCGAUGAGACUCGAAAAAGUGAGGUGUCUUCCCAGUCUGAUGGAGCUGAACACUCUCAACAAACAGACAAUGAAAAAGAGCUGGAUCAGGACAUAAAGAUAGUGGAACAUCAUGUGGAGGACACACCUGAGAAAGAACUGGAAAAAGAAGGAAGUCCUGAGCCAGAGGAACCAAUGUCACCAAUCAAGCAAUUCUUUACACAAGGAAUCUUUGCCAGUUUAAGAAAGAAAAAGAAAGAAGAGGAAAUGCAAAAAGAGAGUAAGGAAGAGGAACUCAAAAGAAUUGAGAGAAUGGGUGUAGAAGAGGCCGAAAAAGAGGACAGUAAAUGUAUAUGCCUUGAUAUCUCUUAUAUUACAUCAGAGGAAGAAAAAGAUUCACAGGAGAAAGACAAUGACAAGUUGUUACCAGAAGGAGAGCUUCAGAAUUCUCUAGAGAAAGAUAAGGUACAAGGAAGUCCACUUAAAAGACUUUUUAGGAAAUUUUCCACAAGAAGGCAGCGAGAAUGUAAAGCUGCAGAAAAGGUGAUUGAGGCAGAGGAACAAGUCUCUGAACAGCCGAAACCAUCCUCUGAAUUGACAGAGCUCGCAAAAGUGGAGGAGCCAGUAGUUGUGGAACCAAAAACGGCUGAAGAGGAGCUAAUGGCUGAUGUAAGCCCUCAACAGUCCAAAAAGAAAUCUGACACCACCGCUUCCUGGGAGGCACUGAUUUGUGGUGGCUCUGCUAAAAAAAGAGCUAGAAAAACAAAUGAGGAUGAAACGCCAGACAAAAGAGAGGAAUAUGAGAAAACUACUGACUCUCCACUAGGAAGUUCCACUGAAGGUGAUUAUGAUCAUCUCACAUCAUCUAAUGAACAAACUGGAAGUCCUGCAGAGGGAGAGAUGGGAUCCACAUGGAAAACGUUUAAAAAAAUUGUCACCCCGAAGAGAAAGGUCAGAACUGGAGAAAGUAGUACCCCUGAGCAGAUACCUUCAGACAGUGAGAUGAACAAAGAUGAACCAUUUUCUAUGAAGAAACUCAUUCCAGGGCAUAAAAAGAGAAAAUCAGAUGCAAGGAAAGACGAUUCAUCCUCCAAUGAGGCUUCAAAGGAUCAUGAAACAGGUGAUGAAGAUGAUGAAACCCCAGCUAUUAUUCCUUUGUCUGAGUAUGAAAUAAUUGAGCCUGAAAGUCUGAAGGAGGUGCAUGAGCAACAAGUUGAAAUCACAAUAGAACAUGAGAUGCCAGAGAUGACUUCACAAGUGUUAGAACAGGACACAUCUAAUAACUUUGUGCCCAAAAUUGCAGCUAAAGUUCCAAUUAACAUUGGACCAACAGUCAUACAUGGAUUAUCAGAAGACUUUGAAGAAUUUACAGACUUUGUGAGCAAAUAUCAGCAACUGAGUGAUAUUCCAGAAGAAGGCAUCAUUGAGGAAAGCAUUGAAACACCAAUGACAUCUGCUGAGUGGACAACACAGAAUGACACCUUUGCUGAGGACAUUGUGGAGUUGACAGCAGAUGCAGUCACUGCCCCAGAACCAUCAAGUGAACAAUCUGUUGAACAAUCGGAUGACACUACUGAAAUGGUCUCGGCAGUCUCGCAACUAACCAAUUCACCCAGGUCAUCUGGGCAUGUUACACCAGUGUCAGUUGAAUAUGGUAUACAAACAUCAGAUGUGAUCCUACAGGAAGCUAUUCAAUCUAUCUACAUGACUCCAAGUGUUCAGUCAGUAACUACAAAAGAUGAAAGCCAAGAAUCUCUGGCCGUGUCAUUUUCACCUUAUAUUGUACAGUCCUCCACAACAGAGGAAACAAAGGUUUUGGUUGCACAUAAGAAAACUGAGGCAACAGCAAUAUGUACAGGCCUAGAAUAUCAAGAAAUAGAAUCGGUUGAAGAACAUCUUCCUGCACCAUUAGUUGAGGCAAUACCUGAAGUAAGUGAUGCUGUCCCAACUGAAUUAGUCUCUGAAAACUUUACAAAUGAAACUGAAAUUGCAGGACUUUGGACAGAUGAGUUCUAUGAGGCUGAAAUUAAGGAACUAAAGACUGAGUAUCAGGAAGUAAUUGUAAGUGAAAAGGAAUCUGUCAUUGAAACUGAGCUAAGUGUAGAGCAAGUUAUUCAAUUAGUGGCAGAGCCUCUUGUGGGAGAUUCAGAGGAGACUCAUAUGGAGAAACAAAGAGAGGAAUGUACAACUGGUAUUGAACUCAGACAUGUGAUUGGGACAAUGCAAAGUGAAGCUGGGCUGGAACAGGUUAUUUCAGACUACACUCAUGGUCCUGAAACAGAGUGUCCACUGCAUUCAGUGUUAGAGGAACCUGUAUAUGACCAACCAGUAGCUGCUGAACCUGAAAAAGAGCUCACGCUUUCAGAUGUUGAAUUGUCCAUUGCUAAGUCUGAUCAACCUGCAUCCACCAAAGUAGUUGAUUCUUUGACACAUGGUGAUAUAGACAGGAGUCCUGGCACUACCACAAGUAAAGAAGUCAAAGAAAUAGAAAUUAAUGCUUCUGCUGUGGAGUGUCUGGAAAUCACAGAGACUGAUAGUAUUAUAAGUCCAAUUUCAGAUCACAUACAGGCAGAGACACUGGAGUUAGAAGGGAGUUUAAAAUUAGAAGCAGUUGAAUCAAUACAUGUUGAUGCCUGUGAAAUACAUUUUGAUGUAAAAGAUGCAGUCUUAUUAGCAGGUGAUUCAGCGGUGACUGUGGAGGACAUCAGUGGCAAAAUAGAAGAAAAAGAUUAUGAAAAAAUGGCACAGCAGGACAUUAAGGAAAUAUAUGUAGAAGAAGAGACAGGGGAUGAUGUUGCUUCAGAAGCUGUUAAAAAUAUUGAGGUUGAAAAUAUUUCAGAUGCUGGAGAUGAGUCAUUAGCCAGAGAACAGCUGCCAGUCAAGGAGGUGUCAGAACCAGUAUUAGUUGAAGAGGCUGAAGAGCUCCAUAAAGAAGACAUUAAAAUACAUUUGGAUGAUAAAGUGGAAGACAGUGGAACUGACAGAACGGAUGGGAUUUUUGUGAAAGAGGAAGAGGAACAUGCAGUGAAGGAAGGGCAACCACUGACAAACACUGACAGCAAUAAAACUCCUACUGAUGAAUCUCCUGAAACAAUUGUGGAUGCAGGAAGUGAAAUUGGAGACAUGGUUUGUAAAAUAAGAGAACACACAGUUGUUUCUGCAUUUUCAAAAGAUGUAGCUGAGCACACAGAAACACCAGAAGAGCCUGGCGCUAGUUCUGAAGUCAUACUAAAACCUCUAGAAAUAGUAUUGCCAGAAGUUGCAGCAAAACCUGUAGCAACAGAAAUUGCACAACCAGCGACAAUGGAGAAUAUUAAGACUGGUAAAGUUUUAGAGAUGGUUGCCAUUAUUGAGAACACAACAAAACAAUCUGGGAAAGAGAAGCCUAUGGUGUCUGAACCAGUGACACAGGUACUUGCAAAAUCUAAGCUACCAAAACCAACAGAACAAGAUGGUGAAGAAAUAGAUGGUGAACAGACCCCAGCAAUGACACUGUCAGAAAUGAAAGAAACGCCAGUUCCAGAAGAAAAAGAUACAAUGGCUGUUGUUCCCAAACCAGAACCAGAAGGGUUUAAUUCAGGGCCGACUAUGAUUGAAGUGCCUACAAUCACAGUGCUGGCACAAAAUUAUACUGCUGCAGAAAUAGAAGUUAGUAAUAUGAGUGAAAAGAGGAAUGAAGAAGAUGAAAAUGCUGGUCUAAAAUGUGAACCUCUUGAACAGGUAACAGAAAAGAUACUGUCAAAUGAGUUGCAAUUAGACAAGACAGAAAUUAAAGAUGAAAUACCUGCAGUAAUGGAAAAAACACCCAUUGCACAAGAAUCACCACUGACCUCUGAAGUUACAGCAAAAAUGCCAGAAGUUGCUGUUUCUGAGAUACAGUCACAAGUAGUGAGUGAACUCAGGGCUGAGACACUUGAAGUGACAGAACCAAAGGUAGAAAUUCCAGUGGUAUCAGAAGUGAAAGUAGAGACAGCUAUAGUAACUGAACUGGAAGUGGAGACACCAGUUGUCACCUCAGUGGCUAAAGAACUUGAAGUAGGAACACCAGUGGUUACAUCUAUGGCAAAUACAACUGAUACUCAUAAUUCUGCUGUUACAUUACAAAAUCAAAACAUAGACUCUGACACAUCAGUGUUAACAACAGUGACCAAAGAACAAGUGGUGGAGAUUCCAACUGUUAUUUCUGUGGUAGUGACACCAGCUACACCUUUAGAUGAAGUAACACCAGUUGUAACUCUAGGCAAUGAGUCAAAGGAUGUACCUUCUGUAAAAGAGACACCUGUCGAAACACCAAAUGUCGAAUCAGUGAUUGUGAGGACUGCUGUAGUCCCAGUAGUAGAGAUACAGAAUGUGAUUCCAGUGGUAGCAACACCAGAUCUUGGUUCAGUAAUAGUAACAGGAGCUGCAACUCCAGUGAUAAGUACAGGAACAGUGACUACUACACUAGCAGAAGCACCAGUUGUGAGCACAGUUGUAGAAACACCUGUUUUUUCUGUCACAGCAGUAAAAUCAACUCCAGCUGCAGUAGAGAAAACAGUUGUGUCCCCUGUAGUAGAGAUCCCAGCCACAGUAACAUCUGUUGUGGAGACUCCAGCUGUUGUUUCAGUGGAAGAGACUGUACCUCCAGAAGAGGUUACACUAGAUGUGACCUCAUUUGCAGAAACACCUGUGAGCCAAGUAACUGAAACUCCCAUUGUCUCCAUUACAUCAGUAAAACCAACUGUAGCUAAAAUGGCAAAGGCACCAGACACUGAGAUACCAGUUAUGAUUUCAAUGACAGUGGCAGAAGCUGUAUUUCCUGUAGUAGUUACAUCAGCUGGAACUCCAGUAGCAUCAGAAACAAUUAUGAUCCCAGAAGUAAAAACUUCAGUAGCAACUUCACCUGCAGAGACAUCAUUUGUGACACCAGUGGUAGAAACACCAGCUCAGAUUUCAGUAAUUGCAACACAUGCAGCACCUCCAGUUACACCAGCAGCAACUGCAGCAUCAGAAACAUCAGCUGUGAUUCCAGCUGUAGAAACGGCUGUUGUAGAAUCACCUCCAAUUGCAGUGGUUGAGACACCAGUUGUGACCCAAGUGGUACAGACACCAGGUCAGGUUUCAGUGAUGGUAACAGAGACUGUCCCUCCGGUAGUUAUUUCAGAAGAGACUGCAGCAGUAGAAACACCUGUUGAGUUCCCAGUAUUACAAACACCCAUUGUAAAUUCAGCUCCAGUUGCAGUGGAGACACCAGUUGUGACCCCAGUGGUACAGACACCAGGUCAGUUUUCAGUGAUGGUAACAGAGACUGUCCCUCCGGUAGUUGUUUCAGAAGAGACUGCAGCAGUAGAAACACCUGUUGAGUUCCCAGUAUUACAAACUCCUGUUGUAAAUUCAGCUCCAGUUGCAGUGGAUAAGACACCAGUUGUGACCCCAGUGGUACAGACACCAGGUCAGGUUUCAGUGAUGGUAACAGAGACUACACCUCCAGUAGAUGUUUCAGCAGUGACUGCAGCAGUAGAAACACCUGUUGUGAUCCCAGUAGUAGAAACUCCCAUUGUAAUGCCAGCUCCAGUUGCAGUGGUUGAGACACCAGUUUUGACUCUAGUGGCACAGAUACCAGGUCAGUUUUCAGUGAUGGUAACAGAGACUGUCCCUCCGGUAGUUGUUUCAGAAGAGACUGCAGCAGUAGAAACACCUGUUGAGUUUCCAGUAUUACAAACUCCUGUUUGUAAUUCAGCUCCAGUUGCAGUGGAUAAGACACCAGUUGUGACCCCAGUGGUACAGACACCAGGUCAGGUUUCAGUGAUGGUAACAGAGACUACACCUCCAGUAGAUGUUUCAGCAGUGACUGCAGCAGUAGAAACACCUGUUGUGAUCCCAGUAGUAGAAACUCCCAUUGUAAUGCCAGCUCCAGUUGCAGUGGUUGAGACACCAGUUUUGACUCCAGUGGCACAGACACCAUGUCAGGUUUUAGUGGCAGUAACAGACACUACACCUCCAGUAGUUGUUUCAGCAGUGGCUGCAACAGUAGAAACACCUGUUAUGAUCCCAGUAGUAGAAAGUCAAGUAGUAAAGCCAGCUCCAGUUGCAGUGGGUAAGACACCAGUUUUGACUCCAGUGGCACAGACACCAUGUCAGGUUUUUGUGGCAGUAACAGAGGCUACUCCUCCAGUAGUUGUUUCAGCAGUGACUGCAGCAGCAGAAACACCUGUUAUGAUCCCAGUAGUGGAAACUACAACUCCAGUUGUAGUGGCAGAGACACCAGUUGUAACCCCAGUGAUGAUGACACCAACUGUGACUCCAAUAGCUGAAAGGUCAGUUGUGAGCCUUGUACUAGAAACUACCACAGAAGCACCAACUGCAAUUGCAAUGGCAGAGAGACCUGUUAUGAUCCCAGUGGUACAGACACCAGUUCUGGUUUCAGUGAUUGCAAAAGAGGCUGCACCUCCAGUAGUUCUACCAGCAGUGACGGCAGGAGUAGAAGUAAAGCCACCAGUGGUAGAGACACCAGUUUCAGUACCAGAAGCACCUGCUGUGAUCCUAGCAGUACAAACACCAGUUACAGAGCAGGUAGCACAGACACGGACGACACCAGCCGUGCUCUUGGUAAAGACAUCAGUUGUAACUGGGAUGGAGGCACCCACUGUGACUACAUUAGAAAAGGCACGACAGGAAACACCAGUAGCAGAGACACCUGCUUUAUCCCCUGUGAUGAUGGCACCAGCUGUUGCCGCAGUUGUAAUAGCAACAGCUCCACCUGUUGCUACACCAGAAGUAAAGAAAGCAAUGUUGCAGGUAGUUGAACAGCAGAAAAAGGAAGCAAAGUCAGAGGCUUCAGUUGUGUCUAAAGAUGUUGAACCACCAUUUGUGGCUGCGAAAGAGGUAACGACAUCAGUUUUAACUCGAAAGUGUAUAUCAGAUGAAGAAAACGGGAAGGCUUCCUUGCGGCAUACUUCAACAGAACCUCAGUCAGAGGUAGAAGAGGAUGUGUGGGAGGAUGCUGUAGAUAAUAUUGGAGAUUCCCUGUGUCAGGUGACACUCACAGAGGAUGCACCCCAAGAUACUGCUGCUAAACAAACAUCUGAUGCUGCUAUUUGAUAGUGGCGUGCUAAACCAGAUGAAAGAUUUGAAUGAGUUGGUGCAAGUUUAACAAGGAUAAUUCAGAACAUUUUACACCUGGAAGUGGCUGUGCUCGGCACAAAAUCAGCUGGGAUUCACAUUUCUGACAACAAAGAAAUGACCAAACCACUGAGAAGCAAAAUUGCAUCAUUAAAGUUCCAUUAAGCAAAAGUGAAACCAAAAACAGUAGUUAUUCAGUGGAGAGGCUGUUUUUUGAUUAACUAAAUUUGUAAAUUUUACUUUCAUGCAGAAAAUAUAUUUUAACAUAUAAAACCCUUCAAAAGCCGCUAUUUUGUCAUAUUUUUACUAAGGAUAUUUGUCAAUGUAUUAAAUUUUUUUGUUAUCGUUAUUCAGACAUUAGCAUAAGCUUAUGCCACAUUAUAUCAUGUUGUUAGAUAUCUAAAAAAAAUAUAAACUAAAAAUAUUUACUAAAUCAAAGGUAAUUUCCUUUUGAACCAUCAUCUACAAUUCAAUUCAAUUCAAGUUUAUUUGUAUAUCGCUUUUUACGAUACAGAUCGUUGAAAAGCAACUUUACAGAAAAUUACGUUUCAACAAUAUUUAGUAUAUACCUCUUGAUAUGCAUCUAGGAUAAAUUUAUUUUAUACUCUAAAUAUGAUGUAUACUUUACCAAAGCUGUAAUGAGCCAAUCACAAUACUGAAUAUUUUUUGAGACAUUAUUCAGUCAGAUGUAAUCAAUGACUGAAACUGGCAGAUUGUUUAUUUUGUUUUACAAAGAACAGUCAAAAUCUUAUCAAACUCAUGAUUUAUUUUUGUUGCCAUGUCAUUGUUAUGAAUAUUGUUUUUGUAAUUCACAAUUUUAAUUUACAGAAACACCCAAUUUCAGAAAAUAUUUGUGACUAUAUUUUUGGCAUGAAAAUUGAAGCAUGCAAUCUAGUUGCAGCUACUGACUUUUCCCUGUGUAAGUUUUUUAUUUUUCCCCCCAAGUAUCAAAACACUCUGUACUGCAUAUGAUUGUUACACAGUUGAGCAUUUUUGUUACUAUUAUACAACCUGCCUUGCUUGUAUUAUGGAGGUUUGCAUCUUGCCUGAUACAAUAAGCCAUGACAGUAUUGAAAACAAAUUUUUAACUUAUUCUAAUAUAUUGCUAAGAAGUGUUCGAAACCACAUGUACAGACUGUUUGAUUAUACAGACUAUGCAUCUUUGAAGAAAUUGCAAUAUUAACAAUCAACCAAAUACAAGAGUGUAGUAUUGUUCCUGGAUUUUGCAACAUUUAAAAAUGUAUGGUUUAAAACAAAUUAUAAAUUUAAGUUUUAUUUAAAUAAAAGAAACGU